UGUAAUAAAUCCUCCCAUGCUAACAGAAUGCUAGCCAACAGGCCGCACUUCCUCUUCGUUAGAUAGAAGACAUCUUUACCUUUGUUAGCAUACUAACUGCACCGGUCGACUAUUUAGCUACUAAUAUGUUAAAAACUAGUAACAUAAUGUUUAUUUAAGCAGCAUAGACGUGCUUUAACAAAAGAGCAUUCAAGUUUUUAAAGAUAAAAUCCAUGCCAGGCUUAAAGCUGAUAUCUGCGACUGACACGCAGUAUUCGGCAGCUCUUCUGAAGUCCCUGAAUGAGCAGCGAAGCCUUGGAUUGUUUUGUGAUGUCACCAUCAUUAUACAGGACAAAAAAUUCAGAGCGCACAAAACAAUUCUGUCCGCCUCUAGCACGUACUUUCACCAGCUCUUUGAUGUCGCUGGACAAGUGAUCGAGCUUAACUUCAUCAAGCCAGAAAUCUUUGAACAUGUCCUCAACUACAUCUACAGCUCCAAAAUUAUCCGCAUCCGGUCUGACAUGCUUGAGGAGCUCAUAAAAGCUGGAAAGAUACUGGGAGUGAAGUUUAUUUCUAACUUGCAUUCUCCACUUUCACAAGUGAAAGGUUUGCAAGGUUUGUCGCAGGAGUUGGGAAACAAAGGCAGCUCUUCUUCGGAAAUCAUGCCUGUGAUUGCUGAGUCUUUCUCCAUUUCUGCAGAGGAAUUUAACCAGGCGAAGAAACCUGCAGCUGAUGAGGAGGACUUGGACGAUGUUGUGUUUGUUUCGCAUACAGAUGCUCAAAGCAGAGCAGCAAGUCGGAGAGCCGAUCCCUCUGAAAUAAUUGAUUUGGACAAAGUGGAUUCAGAAAGCGUUGGAACCAGGCAGAGUGAAGAUUCAAAUCAUGCAGUAAAAACAGCAGCUGUCCUGAGAACCAAUGGUGCCAAGUAUCCUAGCAUCACUGGACAAGUGAACAGUCCUCUAAACAAUCCAGACAGCAGCUCCAGUAACUUAUCACCUAGGGUGUCCUCUGGGAGUGUCCCCACAACACCUUCCCAAUCCCACAGCCUCACCCCUCAGACGACAAGUGCUUCCCAGACAUUUGAAACUAGCGAGAUGUUGGGGGUUCACAAAAAGCAAGUGGCAACAUCUCAGCAUUCGGAUUUCAAGAUAAGGCUCAUGGACGUUUCUGAAAUUUCAUCUAUCACUGCUGACAACCUCAAGGGAAGUACAGAAGCAAAACAGACGGUGACCCUGGACACAGGCACACAGAUCGAUUCUCUUUCAUCGGGUUGUAAAGUGUACGCUAACAUCGGAGAGGACACCUACGACAUUGUCCAAAUGAAAGAAGAUCCAGGAGAAGGAGGCUCUAAACCCAAAGUGAAAAGAGCGUUGAUGGCAACGCCCAAAAAACCCUUUGAUGACAUGCCGUUGUCGCCAUUGGAAGGUCCAAAGAAAAAGAAGAACACCAUGGAACUAGAGGAUCACUAUGAGGUGGUCAUGGAUGGAAAGACUUUUUAUGUUUGCGCCGUGUGUAGACGCCCGUACGUGUGCAUCACUAGCCUGCGUCGUCACUUCAACACUCACUCAUGGGAAAAGAAGUACCCAUGUCGGUUCUGCAACAAGGUUUUCGCCCUGGCAGAAUACAGAACUAAACACGAAGUGACCCACACUGGUGAAAGGAGGUACCAGUGCCUGAUCUGUAAUGAAAUGUUUGUAAAUUACCAGGUUCUCUCCAACCACUGCAAGCAGGCCCACAAUCAGGAUGCAUGCGGGAGGAAGGAGAAAGAUGACGGAGGCAACAAAUUGUACCGCCUGCUGCCAUGUAGAUCAAAUAAGAAAAAGUCAUGGGUGACCAACCUACAGGACUCGCCACUCAUUUCUGAUGAUGGUAGCAUGUUGGAAAUGACCUCUGCAGACACGGAGGCCAUCCACUCACCAUCCCAGAACAGGAUGUUGAGCUGGGACGACAUCUUCACCGAGCCGGGUGCUCACAUGAGACCAGACUCUCACACACAGCCAAUAUCAGCCAUGAGCUCUCCUCUAGAUGGAGCCACUGAGUUUGAAUAUAUCACAUCAUAGACCUCAGUCAGUCCUCCUAUCCUGUGCCUUCUUGGUUAUUCUUCUAUUUUAGUCCUCAUUUUCAACUUAUCUGAAGACAAAAUCUAAACCCUCAGCAUAUAAAGGCUCUUAGCAAGGUCUUCAUGUUAUGAAAUUAACAAGAUUUGAAUGGUUAAACUUUUAUUAUAAAUGUUAUACAUUGCCCCACAGUUUGUCACUAAUGCUUGCAGAUUGUCGUAACAGACGAGUCUACUAGAAUUUAUAAAGCCUCUUUCAUACCAGAAUGUGCACAUUCUCUUGUCUCUAAAAGUGAAGACUUUUUUUUUUUUUUUUGCCUUUAAAAAAAUCAGUGAUGAAAUUUGUUGUAUAUCUAUUAUAGCAGCUAUGGACAUUCAACAGGAAAAGAUCUGUUAAGUCAUUGCUUUUAGUUGAUUUGAUAAUGGGACCUUUUAUUUAUGUAUAGAUAUAAUAUCCAUCCAUUUUCUGACACGCUUUAUCCCAAGCGGGGCCAUGAGCUUGGCCAGCUGUCUACGGGGGAGAGGCGGGGUUUACCCUGGACAGGUCCCCAGUCUGUCACAGGGCAACACAGAGACAACCAUUCUCAGCUAAGGAGAAUUCAGAGAAGCCUAAUUACCUUACAGUCAUGUUUUUGGACUGUGGGAGGAAGCUGGAGUACCCAGAGAGAACCCGCACACGCACAACAUGCAAAUUCCAUGCAGAAAAGACCCCGGGCCGGGAAUCGAACCCGCAACAUUCUUGCUGCAAGGCAGCAGUGCUACCCAAUGAGCACCCCCAUAAAUAUAAAUAACAUACUAUCUAAUAAUAUAUAUAUAAUAAUCUAUAUAUAUAAUAUAUAUAUUAUAAUAGGGCUGAAAAAAUUUAUCGGAUUGUGAUUAAUCGGUUAUUGAAAUAAUAGUCAACUAAUUUAGUAAUCAAUUAAUUGUUAACUGGAGUGUAGAGACUCUAACAUGUCUUUAGCUGAGAGCACUUAGAGCAGCAAUUAUACAAAAAUUAAAACAGUUAUAUUUAAACAUGUUGCAUUUAAGAUAAACAUCUUCGUCUGUCAAUAUCCGCUAUCCAGAAUUUCUCAAGUGGAAAUGUUUCAGUUUCACCUGGUUUGAUUUCACAAAAAGUCUCUUUUAAGAAACCUCUGGUUAUCCCAUUAUUAAUCGAAAAAAUGAUCGACAGAUUAAUCGAUUUGCAAAAUAAUCAUUAGUUGCAGCCCUAAUAUAUAUAUAUAUAAUGUUAAAUUUCCUGACUACUCAAAGGUGGGAUGUCUCAUGCAGGCUGAUCAAGUCACAUUUCAUCGAUCAGGAACAGGGUGAUCUGUUUUAUUAAUAUGAGCCAUUCAUUUAUUAAACCGUGCUUUGUUUUCUGAUGGCGUCUAUAUUCGACUACUUUUUUUUCAUAAAAAACUAUAAAAUGCAAGUAAUGGAAUGCAAUAAGAUUUUCGAAAUAUUGAAACUGUCUUCAAUAAAAUAGUCCAGCUGUUAAUAUUAGCAGUUUUCUCUGAUUAUGUUUUUUAUUAUUUUAAUGUUAAUUUUUUUGUAAAUUAUAUUUUUUUAUUGUGUCUUUGGGGCCGAACAUUUGUACAGUCCUAAAAGUGGUUUUUAAAAAACAGUAUGCUGGUUGAAUUACUUACAUGUUAACUGGAUUUUUUUUUAUGUUAACGUAAAGGUAGGGAUACUAACUGGUUUGUUAGUACUUAGCACUUAAAUCAGGGGUUGUUGUUUUUUCCUUUGUUUUACAUGUCAGAAAGUAGAACAUGCUUUUUGCAGGUAAAGGUAGAGCUAAUGCUUGAAUCUACACUCAUGUUAUCAGAUUAAAUGCUACAAAUUGGUUUUUAAUAAACGUAUAAACAACAAUA